AUGAGUGUCGUGAAUACUAAGGAACAAAAUGUUGACGUUGAUACUCCUAAAACAAAGGCAGUCAAAAUUUUGCCGAAGAAACGUCCCUACGUGCCGGAAAUCCAAACAGAAGAAAAGCACAUCACGCACAUCAUGGCAAUCGUUACGAAACAAACAGAGGAAGUGAAGGAAGUUAUUGCUGGCUCACAAACCGAACCAUUACGCAAUCAAAGUGGGGUUACGGACAAGAAGACGCAAGCACCCGAACUCGCGGCUUCUGAUAAGACAACCGCGAAGCCGGCACGCGAGGUUAAGAAAAGACAGUGUCAGAAAGAAUCAACUCGUCGUCCUCUUGACCAUUUGGUAAUCACUCACGAGCUGUUCGGUCAACUGGUAUCCGUCUCCCAGCGAUUUCAUCAUCCAUCACUUUUCAGGGAAUCUUCCAGAGCUUAA